AUGGCUGUUCUCUUGACUCCUGGCACCUACGUGGACUCGGCCCUCCCAGUCCCUCCUCCCAGGCCCUCCUCCCAGGCCCUCCUCCCAGGCCCUCCUCCCAGGCCCUCCUCCCAGGCCCUCCUCCCAGGCCCUGCUCCCAGUCCCUCCUCCCAGUCCCUGCUCCCAGUCCCUCCUCCCAGUCCCUCCUCCCAGGCCCUGCUCCCAUUGCUGUGUGAUCAUCUACUUAUUUGUUUAUUUUCUCUCUGUUUUUCUCAGGCUCUUGCAUCUCACCGGGCCUACCUCCUGACUGCACGCAUCCCUAGCAAGAUUGAACACAACUUCAAUUAUCUGGAGAUACAAGGGAUCACCUGUAACAAGCCCACACAGUUGACGGUGGACUAUGAGAGAGGUGUUGUGUCUCUGAAGCUGUCCUCUACAGAAGAGGUGAAUGAGGUGGUGGCUCACAUAGGGAUCUGUCUACAGAGGAUAUGUCCUGGUCUAUCACCACUGAAGCUGAUGAAGAAGCUGAGUAUGGAGCCUCCAGAGAGGAUCACCAGCCUACAGACUCUAUGGGACAACCACAAAGUAGCAGAACCAGGACCGUGUGGUGGUUUCUCUCAGAUGUACAGAUGUGUGUGUGACUGGCUGGGUCUGCCCUACAGAGAGGAAGUUCAAUGGGAUGUAGACACCAUCUAUCUGACUCAAGACACACGGGAUCUCAGCCUGCAGGACUUCAGUCAUCUGGAGAAUAGGGAUCUGGUGGCUAUAAUAGCAGUAUUGGAGUACAACCAAUGGUUCACUAAGCUCUCCACAAAGGAUUGUAAACUGUCAGCAGACGUGUCCGACCAGAUCCUUCGGGUGGUGGCCCGGUCCAGUCGACUAGAGGAACUGGUUCUGGACAACGCAGGACUCACUAGGGAUUUUGCACAGAAGCUGGCGAAUGCCCUCUCCCAUAACCCCAACUCAGGACUCCACACUGUCAACCUUGCCAAUAACCCACUGGAGGAUCGAGGAAUCACCUCCCUGGGAACACAGUUUGCCAAACUCCCCAUGGGACUCAAGCAUUUAAACUUUUCCAAAACCUCAUUGUCACCCAAAGGGGUGAACAGCCUUGCCCAGUCACUGAGUGCCAACCAGUCCAUCCCCAGCACCCUCAGUCACCUGGACCUCUCAGGGAACAUACUGCGGGCAGACGACAUCCCGCAUUUCUACCAUUUCCUGGCCCAACCCAACAACCUGACGACUCUGGACUUGUCCAACACAGACUGUUCUCUGGACCUGGUGUGUUCUGCUCUCCUGAGAGGCUCCGUCCAGAACCUCUCUGUCCUCAACAUGUCCAAGAGUGUAUUUGCACAUAGGAAAGGCAAAGAUGUGCCUCCAUCCUUCAAGCACUUCUUCAGCAGCGCCGUGGCCCUCAGCUGCAUCAACCUUUCAGGGACCAGACUCCCUCCAGAGGCCUUGAAAGCUCUUCUGCUCGGUCUGGCCAGUAACCCCAACAUCAAGGACGUGUCUUUAGACCUCAGCUGCUGUGAGCUUGGUCACUGUCUCAGGUCUGGGGGGUCACAGAUCCUGGAGGGAUGCAUCGCUGAGCUCCCCAACAUCUCCAGUCUGGACAUCUCUGACAACGGUCUGGACUCUGACCUGUCCACUCUGCUGGUGUGGCUGGCCAAGAACCGAUCCAUCCGACACCUCUCACUGGGGAAGAACUUCACCAACAUCAAGUCCAAAAAUCUGGCCCCUGUCUUGGACAACCUGGUUCAUAUGAUUCAGGAAGAGGAAUCGCCCCUGACGUCUCUGUCCCUGGCUGACUCUAAGCUGAAGACAGACCUGACCAUUGUGCUGAAUGCUCUGGGCAGCAACACCAGUCUGACCAGGGUGGAUAUCAGUGGGAACGCCAUGGGAGACAUGGGGGCUAAGAUGCUGGCCAAGGCCCUGCAGAUCAACAGUAAACUAAGGACGGUGAUCUGGGAUAAGAACAACAUCAGUCCUCAAGGUCUUCAGGAUGUAGCUGCUGCUCUGGAGAAAAACUUCACCAUCCGGUUCAUGCCUAUCCCCAUCAUCGAUGCGUCUCAGGCUCUCAAAGCCAGUCCUGAGAAGACUGAGGACGCCCUGCUCAAGAUUGAGAACUACCUGUUCCGGAACCACGAGACUCGUCAAUACCUCCAGGAGCAGGCUUACCGCCUCCAACAGGGCAUCGUUACCACCACCACUCAACAGAUGAUUGACAGGAUCUGUGUGAAAGUCCAGGACCAUCUCAACUCCCUGAGGAACUCAGAGACAGACGUGAUCUUAGACGACGUCAAGACGGCCGAAAACCUGAUGAAGGAUGCCAGGAACUCCAAAACGCUGCUUCCUAACCUGUACCACCUGGGAGCAGCGUCCAGAGAAGAGGUCAACGGUCAGUCAGUAGGACCCAUCCAGGAGAAACUGGAGUCCAUGGCUGGAGAGGUGGCUAGGGUCAUGGAUGAACAGCUACAGAGUCUGUUGGAGUCCAUGGUGGACGCUGCGGAGGGUCUCUGUCCCCAUGUGAUGAGGAAGACUAACCUUCGUCAGGACCUGAUCAAAGCCAGCACAGCUAAGAUGGUGGUCCCCCGUAGCUUUGUCAAGAACACCUUGCUGGAACAGUCUGGGGUCGACAUCAUCAACAAGAUCAGUGAGGUAAAGUUGAGCCUGGCUUCCUUCCUCUCAGACCGUAUCGUAGAUGAGAUCCUAGAAGCCCUGUCUGGCUCUCAGCACACACUGGCUGACCACCUGGUGAGGAAGGAGCGUCCUCUGGUCCAGCAGGAGUCUGUGGACCUGGACGUACCCGAGGAGAGGGCUCCUAAACGGGCCACCACGGAGCUGAAUGAGGCAGAAAGGCUGGAGGACCUGGAGACAUGCAUGAUGACUCCCAGGUCCAAGAGGAAAAGCAUCCACAGCAGAAUGCUCCGUCCAGUGUCUCGAGCCUUCGAGAUGGAGUUUGACCUUGACAAGGCUCUGGAAGAUGUUCCUAUCCACACAGAGGACCCUCCUGCUCCGACCCUCUCUAGGUUAGAGAAGAGAGGGGCCAUGGGAGAACUGCCCUCAGACGAGGCCAAGAAGCUGCAGCACUUCACCAAACUACGGCCUCGCAGGAACAAGAAGAUGCAGUCCAGUAAGAUACCGCAGAUCAGCAGCACCACGUCUCAGGACGGGGAGCAGAACGGCCUGCAUGGAAGGGUUGAUGAGGGGGUGGACGAGUUCUUCUCCAAGAAAGUCACCAAGAUGGACUCCAGACGUUCCCUAAAGACUUCAGACUCCCAGGAUGGGGAGAAGAAGAAGAGUAAAGGAGGUUUCCUCAACCUCAUCAAGUCUCGCACCUCCAAGUCUUCAGACAAAGACAAGUCAGAGAAGAACCAGUCUACUCCAGCUCCAGCCCUAACCCCAGCUCCAGUAACCACCGUCCCCGAGGGGCCUUCCUCCCCUAAGACCUCCCUGAAGAGCCAAGCUCCAGAACCACCAACCAAGGUCAAGGAGGCCAAGACCCAGCCCACUCAUCCCAGCCAGGUCACCCAACCUUUGGACUGCAGCAGCAGCUCAGAGCGGUCUGAGGAGCUACGGACCCCAGACUCCAUGGAUGAGGUGUCAGAGGGGGACAGUAAGGGUAGUCCCCAGGGAGGGAGGCGCUACGGGGUGCAGGUGAUGGGGACUGGACUCCUGGCGGAGAUGAAGGCCAAGCAGGAGAGACGGACCUUCGGAUCACAUAAGGACCAGUACGACCAGUCGUCCAGUCCAGACAGCAGUGGCAGUGUGAAGGGCCAGCCUAUCCCAACAGAGAGCAGGUCUCCGGGUGUCUCCAAGGCAGAGGGGGUGGUGGUCGUCGGCUCCCCAGAGAAGAGCCCUCGUGGUGGGGAGGCCAAACCAGAGACGGUCCCUAGGAACCGCAUUACCUCCAGUUCCAGUCCUAAGCCCCCUCUUCAGGGCACCAAGCCAGCCCUCGCUGCCCGACCCUCCAUCCUUCAGAAGCCGCGCACCAGCAGUAGCAGGAGCAUAGAUGAGGUCUGUGACUCCCCUGGAGGGAACGUGUCUCCCAAGGGGGCAAUGCUGCCUUACAGCCUGAAGAGGGUCCCCUUGGACAAGGACAAGGAGGGACAGGGCAGUCCUCUACUGGGGGGCACGGUGAGCAACCCCUCUGCUCAGGCAGCAGUGAAACCAGGCUCAGUGUCAGACCCUGCCAAACGCCAGAGUCCCCACCGCCACAACUCUGAGGACAACGGCUCCAAACCCAAGGACCAAUCCCCCAACCCUGACAGAGACAAGGGACCGGGGAGAAAGUCUUCCCAAUCUGGAGAAGAGGCUGACAAAGACUUUAUUUUUAUAUGAGAAACUAAACCCUCAAUGAAUGACAGGUGCAUGGUACCUGCCUGUCAUCUCAAUGUAUCUGAUAUCAGGAAUCAGAAAGCAAAGACCCCAUGUCUCAAGAAGACUGUCGGGCAGAGUAACCCAUGUGAAGUGUUUCCCUUUGAUAGUACACGUUCACUAAUCUCAGUAAUACCACGAUAAAUAGGGCUAAAGCACUGUUAUGAUGAUGAUGCACUGUUGUGUGUUAAGUCACUGUGGAAAAUAAACAACACCUUUUCUGAAGGGGGAAGGAGAGGGACAUCCCUUUACAUGACUCAGAUAGCUCAUGGCUUGGCCAUGUGUGUACUAUGUCAUCGUGGUUUGGCCAUGUGUGUACUAUGUCAUCAUGGUUUGGCCAUGUGUGUACUAUGUCAUCAUGGCUUGGCCAUGUGUGUACUAUGUCAUCGUGGUUUGGCCAUGUGUGUACUAUGUCAUCGUGGUUUGGCCAUGUGUGUACUAUGUCAUCGUGGUUUGGCCAUGUGUGUACUAUGUCAUCAUGGUUUGGCCAUGUGUGUACUAUGUCAUCGUGGUUUGGCCAUGUGUGUACUAUGUCAUCGUGGUUUGGCCAUGUGUGUACUAUGUCAUCGUGGUUUGGCCAUGUGUGUACUAUGUCAUCAUAGCUUUGUGUGUCGGUCAUCCCCUGUGCUUGUAUUGGGAACUGAACUGGUGUACUGUCAGGCCAGUAAAAGCUAGCCUGGAAUCCACACUGAAUAUCGCACUGUUUCACUAUUCAGAUUGGUAUCCAUGCUAAGUGAAAGCCGGACAUGGAUGGAACUCCAGCUCGGGUCUUUUCUGCAGUCAGGGUCAAUCGGCUACUAAUUCAGGACCUGACUGCUUCAUGUGGACAGACGGGACGUUUUCAAACCUGUCCAGCAAUUCAGGAAGUAAACUGAAAUUCCAUUUCCAUUUCUCUUCACUGCUUUUCAAUCAGGAGAAAUGUUUCAUUGGAAUUUGGCUUAGUUUCUGGAUUGACUGUAAUUGACCCCAACCCUGCUGUCCAGUCAGUCAGGGCCAGACAACUAGGGGUCAUGACCUCGGCACCUUUUGCUCUUUCAAUUGGUCUUCGUUUGCUGCCUCGCUGCCAGUAGUUUAUUUUCUUCACGACCUGUAAUCACGGCUUGGACUGAAGGAUUGGUUUACUGGAUCAGAACAUAGUGAUGUCACGGUAACACGUGUUCCUGAUGUCUGGGACUGGGUUGAAUGCUGUGAAUGCAUUCCAUGAACCUGUCCACCUGGGCCAUGUUCAGUAGGCAGAAAACGGAACAAAACUGACUGAAACAGGGAGGUAAAUGACCCGAACUUGUCCAAUAAGAAACACUUGAUUUAGUUUAUUACGCUCUCUACUGAACAGGGCCCUGAGGGGUAUACUACGAAGCAGGUAGCAAGGUAACUUUGGUCAACUAGGAGUUCAACUCAGGAUAACAGGUCAAAGCGGCUCACCUUUUAGCCAGGUGAAUUUCUAUGGCAACGAAUCCACCAGAACUAACCCGCUCCGGGGCAGGCUAUCUCCACUUACCUUGAAUUACAUGAUCAAUCAAAUCAGAUUCCUUCCCUCUUGCAAAGACUGUGUCAUCAUCCCCUUCAUUUGAGGAAGACAAAUGAUUUUAAAUAUUAUUAUUUUUUGUGUGUUAAAAAAUAGUAAUGUAUAAAUAUAUAUCAUUUCCCAUUUAGUAAUGACAGAAUGCAUUCUGAACUUCACCCCCAGUAGGACUACUGUAUGACUUCAUAAUACUAUUUUAUUGAUGGGGGGGGGGGGGGGGGGGGGCUGUGGUUGUUGUGCGUUGAUAAACACACCAAAGACGGCACUAAUGAUAAGUAAUAAAAUAAAGACUAAUGAUAAGUAAUAAAAUAAAGACUAAUGAUAAGUAAUAAAAUAAAUACUAAUGAUUAGUAAUAAAAUAAAUACUAAUGAUAAGUAAUAAAAAAAAUGCUAAUGAUAAGUAAUAAAAUAAAGAUGGCAUUAAUGAUCAAUAAUAAAAUUAAAUAAACGCAUUAAUGAUAAGUAAUAGAAAUAAAAAAGUGCAUUAAUGAUAAAUAAUCAAAUAAAGACGUCACUUCUAAAAGCCAAUUUCCCACCACAGCCUUCUGAAUUUCCAAAAUAAUUUUAAUUUUCUCUUGAUUUCUGCACAAAUGAAAAUGUUGCACUGAGUCGCCCAUGGAUUGAUGUUUCAGCAUUGUCGCAAUGAAGAGUUCGCCGUUCGACUAGCCAUGUGCAGUUACAAGCCUUCUGGAGUUAGCGGCAGGCGUACAAGCAAUAUCCACCGUGGUGCAGGUGAAGCCUGAACUGGGAUGUGAAGCUAACUGAAGCUGGUUAGCUUUAGAAGACCCUGAGUAGAUCUAGCUUGCUUCGUAGGAUAACCCCUCUGGUUAACUGUCUCGGUUGAUUUGGGUUCCUCUGUCUUGUAUUUUAUUCUUUCUGUUUGGGGAUAAAGAGCAGCUGGCUUCUGUUUGGCUCUAUAAAACAAUAAAACCACGGAAUGACGUGUUAAAAAGGAUCCUUCAGAGUUAAAUAAGUAAGAGAGGGAGUCUAUCUCUCAGACAGGCAGGGUGUUAAAAAGGAUCCUUCAGAGUUAAAUAAGUAAGAGAGGGAGUCUAUCUCUCAGACAGGCAGGGUGAUUACUGCUGAAUUUGUGUGUCUGAUAUGCAUGUGUGGUGUACUGUAUGUUAAGUUACAUACAUGUAAUAUAAUACUGUAUGUUAAGUUACAUACAUGUAAUAUAAUACUGUAUGUUAAGUUACAUACAUGUAAUAUAAAACGGUAUGUUAAGUUACAUACAUGUAUUAUAAUAUUGUAUGUUAAGUUACAUACCUGUAAUAUAAUACUGUAUGUUAAGUUACAUACAUGUAAUAUAAUACGGUAUGUUAAGUUACAUACAUGUAAUAUAAUACUGUAUGUUAAGUUACAUACAUGUAAUGUAAUACUGUAUGUUAAGAUACAUACAUGUAAUAUAAUACUGUAUGUUAAGUUACAUACAUGUAAUAUAAUACUGUAUGUUAUGUUACAUACAUGUAAUAUAAUACUGUAUGUUACGUUACAUACAUGUAAUAUAAUACUGUAUGUUACGUUACAUACAUGUAAUAUAAUACUGUAUGUUAAGUUACAUACAUGUAAUAUAAUACUGUAUGUUAAGUUACAUGCAUGUAAUAUAAUACUGUAUGUUAAGAUACAUACAUGUAAUAUAAUACUGUAUGUUAAGUUACAUACAUGUAUUAUAAUAUUGUAUGUUAAGUUACAUACCUGUAAUAUAAUACUGUAUGUUAAGUUACAUACAUGUAAUAUAAUACUGUAUGUUAUGUUACAUACAUGUAAUAUAAUACUGUAUGUUACGUUACAUACAUGUAAUAUAAUACUGUAUGUUACGUUACAUACAUAUAAUAUAAUACUGUAUGUUAAGUUACAUACAUGUAAUAUAAUACUGUAUGUUAAGUUACAUGCAUGUAAUAUAAUACUGUAUGUUAAGAUACAUACAUGUAAUAUAAUACUGUAUGUUAAGUUACAUACAUGUAAUUGAAUACUGUAUGUUAAGUUACAUACAUGUAAUAUAAAACGGUAUGUUAAGUUACAUACAUGUAAUAUAAUACUGUAUGUUAUGUUACAUACAUGUAAUAUAAUACUGUAUGUUAAGAUACAUUUAUCCACACACGUAUGUCUACACAAAUCCUAUAUUACUAUGGUACUACUAAGGACACUACUAAAAUAGGUUUAUAUAAUGAUGUAAUUUAUUUAAAUAAAAACAGUGGUUGGUGAUGUUUUUAUUCCUUUUCUUGUCCUUGUUGUAAAUGUACGUUGUGUUCAAACUGAGGAAAUCAAUUUGUUGAUUACAUUUGUUUUUCUUCUUAUUCUUUAAACAAUUUAAUUAGUUGGAUUAUUUUAUUUUUAUGACAAACAGAAACAUUGAUAUAUUUGCCUGAUAAUUUCUGAAAAGCAAAAAAAAAAAAGGAAACUUAAUUCAACAAAGAAAAUGGACUCUAUGUUGUAACGCAUGGUGUUUUAUUUUGUUAUGGACAACACUCCUUUAACAUGUUUCACUAAAUCCCACUACUGGCUGUGGACAUGUCCUUCCUUAUGUGAAUAUUUAUACCAAUUAAAAUACUUGUACAGAUUGAA